AGUAGAUCUCACAGCAGCUCUAGGUCAAGUAGUCGGUCGAGGAGUAGAUCUCAGCACAGUCGGUCGAGUAGAUCUCGAGGCUCAAGCAGAUCUUCAGAGGAUCUUCAUGGGGCAAAAGAACACGAGCAGAAGGUUAUCAGUUCUUUAAAAGACGUCGACGACGAUGAUGACGACAUGAUGUACCAC